AACGCCAAACAGCGGGCUUGGACACAAGCGUCGCCAGAGGGAUAAUCUGAGGAGCUGGCUGUAUUUGUGUUGGCACCGGGACUGGGGCAGCCGGGGAUGUGUGUGCGGGGCACCGCGCCUGGGGACUGAGUUACAAGUGUAGUUCGAAGUUGGCAAGGCAUGCAUCUGGAUUCACGGUGGUGAUGGUUUUAGGCAAGCGUUAUAUUGACCCAUAAAGUCUCAUUAUAGCAAAAGGGGUUCGCAAUGUCGUGGCAGGAGUGAUGAUUCCACAACCCCAUCUCAGUAAAGGAUAGCCGAUGUAGCUCUCUCCAGACUCCCGCUUGUGGGGUGACCCAGGCGGUUCGGGACUUAUGUUGGCUCUUGGUCGGUUGGUAGCCGUUUUAAGAUAUUGCGUUUGACUGCUCGAGUGAGUUUCAUACUGGCGAGUCGGUGCCCUCCUCUGCGUGUCACACGGGGCGUCUUUCCGCAUCGUAAUACGAUACAGCGAUAAUCUGCAGCUCAGCUCAGCAUGUGAAACCUGUCCUGUCCUGUCCGGGCCCUUCCAGGAUAGAAACUCAAGCUCUGCAGGAGAACGUCCCCCCACCUGGGGACGACCUAUGCAGCCUCAGUCGUGGAAUAUUUCCUUUCAUAACCGGGCGACUGCCUGGAGACGGAGCGCCAUGACGGAGGCCGUCGCUCCCAAGUUGUGCUCGCUGGAGGAGGAGCUGCGUUACUGGAAGGAGGCGGCGGAGAAGUACCGGCAGAGCGCGGAGGAGGCCCAGGACGAGCUGCAGGAGUUCCAGCAGAUGAGCCGGGAUUACGAGCAGGAGCUGGAGGCGGAGCUGAAGCAGUGCGAGGCGCGGAACCGCGAGCUGCUGACGCACAACAACCGCCUGCGCAUGGAGCUGGAGACCUACAAGGAGAAGUUCGAGGCCCAGCACUCGGAGGCGUUCAGGCAGAUCUCGACUCUGGAGGGCGACCUCGCCGAGACCACGGCCGUCAGGGACCAGCUGCAGAAGUACAUCAGGGAGCUGGAGCAGGCCAACGAUGACCUGGAGAGAGCCAAGAGGGCCACCAUCAUGUCCCUGGAGGACUUUGAGCAGCGGAUGAACCAGGUGAUCGAGAGGAACGCCUUCCUGGAGAGCGAACUGGAUGAGAAGGAGAACCUGCUGGAGUCCGUGCAGAGACUCAAGGACGAGGCCAGGGACCUGCGCCAGGAGCUGGCCGUGCAGCAGAAGCAGGAGCGCAGGCCCUCUCUGAGCGCGGCGGCCAAGGAGGGAGAGAAGGCCGAGUCGCCGGCGCGGCCCCCAUCGGCGCUCCCUUCCUUGCCGGGCACUCCCGGGGGGCCCCGCAUGACCCCCAGCACCUUCGCCACUCCUCCGUCCUCCUACCGCCGAGGCGACGGGCUCACCGGUACCCCCCUCACCACCUCGGCCCGGAUAUCUGCGCUCAACAUUGUCGGGGAGCUGCUGAGGAAAGUGGGGAACCUGGAGGCGAAGCUGGCUUCCUGUCGGGACUUCGUUAACGACCAGUCGCCUGGCCGCCUCGCGCCCUGUAACCGAGCCGGCAGCGCUGCUCCCUCGAGAGAGAGCCCCGAAAGCAAGGCCGCCCCCAACUGUCUGCCGCUCUUCGACAAGGGGUUGGCAAAGCGUUUGGAGUUUGGACCAGCGCCCUCUAGUGUAGCCUCCCAGACUGCACAGUCACCUCAGGGUGUGGUGAAAAUUUUACUUUGAGAGGGCCCUCACUCCCCCCCACCAAUGCCUGUAGGUCACUUCACCCUAGUCUCCUGCUUGGAGGAUCAUGCUCCCCUGUGAGGACAAAAAACACAUUAAACCACUAACCAUUCCGAGUGACUGCUCAGCUGUCCGAUCAGGGGACACCUGCAGGUGGGAAGAGAGAACUGGGGGUUUCGGAGCUGACGGAGAUUUUGCUAUGUAGCUGCUGCAGCCUUCGUAGGGCAUUUAACUGUCUCCUGACCUUCUGCUAGAAAUAAAUGCGGAACGACUUGGUUUGUUAAACUUCGCUGUAACUGGUUUCACACACACAACACGCAGUGCCUGCUGAGGCACAGGGAUCUGUUUUACGGCUGCACUGAUCUUCACAGUCAAUGGCAAUUCAGCCCAGGAGGAAGAGGACUUUGUGAGACAAGUCGGCGGACCCCGUGUGCCUGCUGGGGCGGUAAUGCUUGCCCGUAGCUGCUGAUGUGGCUGAGGAUGGGCUACGGACCUUCACAAGCUGGGCUGCCUAGGAGGCCUGUAGUGUGGGACUUUUUCCAAGACUCAUGCACAUUGGCUAAUGUUUUUCACGGAGCAACCCAAGGGGAACAGCUGUGGUUCUUUGGGGUGAAAUGCGCCGCGACAAUGACUCAGAGACAAGGUCCGCCUGCACACGCGCAGACCACGACAGGAAUCGGUGCUUGCCGACCAGCCUCUUGCCAAAGCCUUUGCUUUCGUUUGGUUUCCCUCAGUUUUGUGUGAAGCCGAAUCCAUGCCUGACACAACAAACAGGUGUGAGCUCAGCCCUCGCCUUGUACCAACUUCACCUUUCGGUCAGAGUACAGACGCAGACUAGCACAAACAUGCAUUGCUGUGCUUCAGGGGCUUUGGGACCGAAGCUCCAUUCUGUUAAAAAACCAAAGCCUGUGUCUGUGUUUCUAUGAGGUAAGCCCUGUAUUUGGCGUGGAAGGGUGGUCCAAGUUCUUUGGUUUAAAAGGCAGUGUGCACACUUCAUGGAAAAAUGUGUGUGUAAAAUACCAGCUGCAGUAAGCAAAUAUGGUUAACCCUCUCAGGAUCAACUUCCAUACUGUAGCUAAUGAGGAAUGCCCUAGAGAAAGCAAUGCCACCUGCUUAAAUCAGAUUUGCCUAGACACAAAUUUAGAUCCUAAGUGGCUGUUGGUUCUGUUGUAGUUUUUAAUGCCAUUAAUUUUUCUGCACUCUUCCUGGCCUGAUUAUCAUUGCCAGUGACUGCUUACUUCCCGUUGUGGUGCGUGCUCAUGGGGAACUGCACCAGAGCCUGCAGGGCCAGCGCAGCAGCUCUUGGGGGCUGGUGUGUAGUCCCCGCUGGGUGGCGAUGGUGCCGUCUGCACUGAAGAGGUCACUGGUGCAGCCGCCGUGUCCAGGAGUGGGCUCAAGGGACUGUUUCUGGCCACAGGAAUGAGUUCUGGGCAGCUGGUGUUUGUGAAGGGGCAGAGGGUGGUUGAAAUUGGGGGGAGGAACAUAUCUGCACUUUCUCCAUGUUAAAGCAUGGAUCAGAAGUGAUAAAUAGCAGUGCAGCACAGAGGAGUUGUCCAAGCUACUUCUGUAUUGAAUCACCAACAUUACUGAAAAGGAUUUUCUCCUUUCAUUUUUGUGUUAAAUUGGUUUUAUGGAGGUAGCAGGUUGAUGUACUAUUAAGCAAUAUCUCACUGUAGACAAUAUACUGUAAUAAGCUUACCAUAUUUGAGGUACAGAUUUUUUUCCCCCCUAAAUGAAGGAAGUGGUUAAAAAAAAGGCACUAGGUGGAAAUGGUGGUGUCUGCUUUUCUGUGUUAUACUGACAUGUAAUGGUAUGCUCACUGCUCUAGGCUCCCAGCUAUCCCCACACUAGGCUAGUGUCUGUGCUCCAGCUUCUAUUGUACACAACGGAGGCUUGGUUACUUGUCUUUUUUUAUACCCAGCUGUGUGUAGUGUAUUAAAACUACUUGUACAUA